CCGUAGCUUAAGCUCCAAAAGCAGGGUUUAACUACCCGGAUGCGGAAGUGCUUGUUCUUUUCUCUCCCGGGUGGCGUUGCCGUUGUUUCGUGCUUCUCGGCAGCUGCGGCCAGAAGCCCUCGCCAUGCCUCGAAAAAUUGAAGAGAUCAAAGAUUUUCUGUUGACUGCCAGGAGGAAAGAUGCAAAAUCUGUUAAGAUCAAGAAGAAUAAAGACAAUGUAAAGUUCAAGGUGCGUUGCAGCCGAUACCUGUACACCUUGGUCAUCACAGAUAAGGAAAAGGCUGAAAAACUGAAGCAGUCUCUGCCACCAGGUUUGGCAGUAAAGGAACUGAAGUGAAUCUGUCCUCUGGAAUUUGGUCGGUGGGUUGUAAUAAAGGAAUGAACUUUC